ACCCAAGAUUUCCAAGUCUGUGUUUCAGUGUCUCUCUUGCUUUUCACUUUCUUUUUAAAACUCUCCGUCUCCAUCUUUCUCUCUCUCUCUCUCAAUAUUUUAGCCAACUUUCUCUAAGUUUCCCUCAAUUUCUCGCUGUCCAAACAGGAAACAAGCGUUAUCCGAGAACAGCUCCGCGUUGAUGGACCCCGACGUCGUCGAAAUUCCGCCCCCGAUUUUCCGUUCCUCGAAAUUGCGCAGAAAGAAAGAGGUCAUUCUGCAUGAUGUGAUUGAUAUAGAUAAAGAUGGAGAUUCUGCUGAUGUCAUAUUGAUUGAUGAAAAAGUUGACACAAGUAACAAAGGGAAGGCAGUAGGAGAUGUUUUUGAUGAUUAUGAUGAUCUUCAACCUCAGGAAGCUUUGGCCAAUUAUUUUUUUCCUCCUGGUGUGGAAACCCUUGGAUCAGUGAAUGGGGUUGAAUCCUCUGGGAGUUUUUCCCCAGUCUCACAUAAUUUAGUCAACCUCGAUGGUCAUAUAUCUGAUCUCUCUUAUGAUGAUAAUAAUGAGUAUUUUGAUAGUUAUCCUGAUGAUUUCAUGGAUGCUGAUGAUUAUGCCAUUGUGCAAGACCAUCUUGAUAAGAUGGACAUUCCUCCUGGAAUAGAGGCAGCGAUUCCUUGGUUGCCAGAUUUCACUCAAUGUAAGAAAAAUCCAAUUACUGGAAGUAGUUCACAAUAUGCGGGGACUGAAAUGCACUUGGAUGUUGUUGGUCUCCAUGGCUUAGACUCAUCACUGCCUUCAUGGUCAUCAAAGCCUGCUCACGUCAGCAUGAAGCCAACUUCAGUGGGUAAUUCAAGUAUGCAAACCCAAAUGGAUACUGUGAUUCACCCUCCUGAAAUGGAUCUGUCUUCAUCUUGUUAUCAUUCACAAGUUGCCCAAAAUAAAAAGAAAUCAUCUGCUUCAAAGCAUAGAGGGAGUGCUCUGAAUCUCCCUGUUGGGAAAGAAUCAUCUAAAUCACGAUGGUUUUUGGAGCCUUUUAAAAGUAAGAAGAAGCCAGUUGCUUCAAGUGGUUCAACUAAUCAUAGUUAUGUAAAUCAAUUGGAGCCAGUGCCACCCUCUCAUGGAGUUGAUUCAUCUAUUUGGGGACAUUCUAUUUCCAAGAAUGCAAAGAAGCAAGUUGGUGUAAGCAGUACAUAUUAUCCAAAUUAUACAGAUGCAUUACAUUAUCCUCAUGGAUCAGAUCCAUCCACGCCCUUGUGGCAGGAGUCUUUUAAAGAUAAAAUGAAGGCAUCUCUCACUAACCAUACAAUACAAGGUUUUUAUGUUCCAUUUCAUGGUUUACCUGCUGCUGCUGAAGAAGUGGCUGAUGUCCCCUGGGCUCAGGAUUCUGCCCAAAAUGAAAAUAAUGCAGCUGCUGAUGGUAGUUCAACAUUCCAUGUUGAGGCUUUUGCUGGAGGGGUCAAAGAAGAAAUUUUGAGGAAGUUCUGCCUUUUUAAACAGUUUGAUACUGUCGAAGAUCAUUCGGACCAUCACUAUUCUGGCCAUGGUUCCUCUAUGAAGCAGCCAUCAAAGAAUUGGGCAAAGAAAAUUCAGGAGGAGUGGAAGAUCCUGGAGAAGGAUUUACCAGAGACAAUAUUUGUUAGGGUUUAUGAAACGAGGAUGGAUAUUCUGCGGGCUGUCAUCAUUGGAGCAGAGGGCACUCCCUACCAUGAUGGUCUCUUCUUCUUUGAUAUUUCCUUCCCCAGUGGCUACCCUAAUGUACCACCGCAUGUUUACUACCACUCUGGUGGUCUUCGACUGAAUCCUAAUUUGUACAAUUGUGGGAAAGUAUGCCUCAGUCUACUAAACACCUGGUCUGGCAAAAAGAAUGAGAAGUGGAUCCCAGGUGUAUCAACCAUUCUACAAGUUCUUGUAUCCAUCCAAGGGUUGAUCUUGAAUACAAAGCCCUAUUUUAAUGAGCCUGGAUAUGCAUCUAUGAGUGGCUCAGCCUCUGGUGAAAUGAGGUCCCAGCAGUACAACGAAGAUACAUUUAUCCUAUCAUUGAGGACAAUGAUCUACACAAUGAGGAGGCCACCAAAGCAUUUUGAGGACUUUGUACUGGGGCAUUUCAGCAAUCGUGCGCAUGAUAUUCUGGUGGCAUGUAAAGCAUAUAUGGAUGGUGCUCAAGUAGGAUCUCUGGUGAAAGGUGGGGUGCAGGAUGUCGAUGUGGGUGACAAGAGCUGCUCAAAACGGUUUAAGGAUUCUUUGGCUGGGUAUGUAGAUAUGCUUGUGAAAGAUUUUACCAAAAUUGGAGCUGAGAACUGUGAGAAAUUCCUAUCACCUCCAAUGAAUGGGAACAAGCGGUUGUCUGAUUUGCCUACGGCUGCAACACUCUCUUGCUGAAAGGCUGAUUUAGACUUGAAACAAAUUGUCUUACAUCCAUGACAUGCAACUUAGGUUUCUGAUUUGAUUUUGAAUAGUACAGAGUUAAAUUAUAGAGUAUCUUAUUGGCAGUGGGGACGUAUAAUUUUGGAUGCUGUAUAUAGCGGUAGAUAUGGAUGGGAUUACAAAGUCUACUGAUUGUUUAAGGAUGGAGACGAACCCGUCUCUGUAAGUUACUUAUUGAUCUCAGUUUCCAUCUUGAAUAGACUUCAGUUCUCAAGUUCUGACACUCGAUACUCUGAGGAAACUCAUAAUUUUAUUUUUA